AAUUUAUUGUGGUUGAGGUUUUCUCAUUAAAACUCUUUUGCGUGUUAGCUUCUUUCCAUGUGAAUUUUAUUCACACAUUUUCACCAAAUGGCUUCUUCUUAAAAGCUUAAGGCUAGGAGCAGAGGGAACAAAUUAAUAAGGUUGAGGAUCAUAUAAGAUAUAAGUUGAAUCAUGAAAACUCUAAUUAUUGAACCCUGGAUUUUCAUGAAACUUCAAUUAAUCUUGUUGCAGUCAUAAAUUUUACUUUCCAAAGCCGAUCAAUGAGACUUAAAUUUUUUGUCAUGAUGGAGACUUUUAAUAUUCAUGGACACGUUUUGACAACAUAAAGGUCUCUUCAUCUUUUGCUGCUCGUGGCUUUUUCAAUCCAUCAUUUUUCUUUUUUCUGCCCUUUACAACAAACGUAUAGCAAAUGAUCAGUCAUUUUUCCUUUUCUUUUUAAUUUUUAAUACAAAUUCAACAAAUAUCUUUGAAAUUGCAAGAAACUCCUCCAAUCAUCCUAUGCGGUCGGUAGAUUAUGAUGACUAAUAGAUACGACUAAGUAAAAUCUUUACUCUGCCAAAACAGUGCGAAGAAAAAAAAAUUGUUAAUUUCGGUUUCAAUUUGAAGUUCCUAUGCCGACCGUUGUUAAACAAGACCGACUCACCAAAAUUAAUACACUUCAACACUAAUUCAACGCACUAAUUCAACGCGGUUGUUCGAGUCCCCUUCAUUGUGUAUAUAAAAUGUCCACAUGUCUAUAACUCAUAGGAAAACCCAAAAGCAAAAAUCCAGGGCUAAUCGAUCCUUGAUUAAACCAAAAAAAAAGAAAAACUCUAGAAAUCAAUCUCAAGAUUCUCAAGUCUUAACCCUUUUCUCCUUCUUAAAAAAAGAAAAUGCAAGAAGACCCUCAGGCCAAGCCACUGGCACCAGUUCAAGAUUAUCCAAGAAGCGACAUGGAGUUUGGGGGGAUUAAACCCAAAGCGUUACGUCGAGAAGAAAAGAGCAGUAAAUGUCUUGUUUAUGUUCUUGCUAUAAUGGUCAUCCAGGGAACGGUUCUUUUGAUUUUUGCGAGUAUUAUUUUACGUGUUAGAACUCCUGAUUUCGAGAUCGGAUCGGCCAGGGUUAGGAAUCUCAAGUAUGGGAAUUCAUCGGCUCCAUCGUUUAACUUUACACUUGUAACGGAGGUUACUGUUGAAAACAACAAUUUCGGAGACUUCAGAUUUGCGAACACUACCGGGAGUGUUUGGUGUGGUCCUGUAGUUGUUGGAGAGAUGAAAAUUCCUACAGGGAGAGCUCAAGCUAGGGCAACAGAGAGGCUGAAUGUUUCUGUGGAUGUGAGCUCAGUCCGGAUAUUAGAUACCAAGAACUUAAGCAAUAAUAUAAGUUCUGGAUUGUUAGAGUUGAACAGCCAUGUUAAAUUGAGUGGAAAAGUGAAUAUAAUGAAUAUUAUGAGGAGAAGAAGGCACCCUGAGAUGAAUUGCUUCAUGAAACUCAAUUUGACAGGGCAUACCGUCAAGGAAUUAACAUGCGACUGAUAUGAAUGAGGAGUAAACUGAUCCUCCCCUCUUCUUAAUUUUGGCUUUGUAGAGUUGUCUUUGUUUCAUUAAUUGAAGAGAUAUGAAUAUAAGAUCACAUAUGUGUAAUUAGAUUCUUGAUUAGAGAUUCCCGUGUUCUUGGGAGACUAAUUGAGAACAAUUUUUGUUAAAAGAUAGUAAAGUAUAAAAUACUUCUUGAUUCAU